CUCAAUUAUUAAUAUUAUUUCAAUUCAAUCCGCCCUUCCAUAAUUCAUUCAUUCAACCUCAAUUUGCCCACCAAACCAUGGAUGAUUUUCUUGUUCUUUCACCUUCUUCUUCUUCCUCCAUUGUCUACCACACACCACCCCCACCCUGCAACCAGAAGCUCCAAUUCCUCCUCCAAACCCAACCCCACCACCCAUGGGCCUACGCCAUUUUCUGGAAAACCAUCAACCAAGACGACGGUCGUCUCGCUUUAACCUGGGACGACGGUUACUUCCUCCAAUACCCAAACAAACCACUUACAAAAGACACCCACUCCCCAAACGACUCUGACUGGUUCUACGUCGUCUCAUUGACUAGAACAUUCACUUUCGACGACGACUCCUCAACACCAACAAAAGCCCUACUCUCCAAUACAACCGUCUGGUUGACGGGUGCUCAUAAUCUGUUGUCAAUUGAUUGCGAGAGAGCUAAGGAGGCUCAUAUUCAUGGGUUGGAGACGCUGGUUUAUGUUCCCACUUCUAAUGGGGUGGUGGAAGUGGGGUCUUAUCAUGUUGUUGAUCAGAUGGGGUCUGAUUUGGCCCAUCAGGCUCAGUCGUUGUUUGGUGCUGGAUCUUCUUGUUCUUCUUCGUCUUCUCCUCCGGCUACUGUACUAAAAGUUGUUAGAAAAAAUGUGAUUUCGUUUGGGGAUGUGGAUGUGGAUGUGGAUGUGGUGGCUGGCUUGCCGGAAGAGGAGAGUAUGAAUGUUAUUGAUUUUGGAGAAUCUGUUAUGGGUCAACAAGUCAACAAAUCUGGAAAGAUAGGAAGAAACAGAAAACCUGCUAUGCCGAGUUCAGAUACAACAUCGGAACAGUCGGAUUCGGACUGCCAGCUGGUUCUCGCACACGCGAAAAAACCAGGGGUGAAAAGGAAAGGAAAGGAUCCGCCGCUGAACCACGUGGAGGCGGAGCGCCAGCGGCGUGAGAAGCUAAAUCAGCGCUUUUACAGCCUGCGGUCGGUGGUCCCAAACGUGUCCAAGAUGGACAAGGCGUCCUUGCUGGCGGACGCUGUAUGUUACAUCAACGAAUUGAAAGACCGAGUGGAAGAACUAGAAUCGAAGCUGCAGGAGGUGAAGUACCACCCGAAGUUAAAGAAAGUAAAGGUGGAAAUGGCCGAAACAAUUGUGGAAAAUCACAACACGGUAGUGUCUGUUGUGAAACCAAAGGGGAUAAAUAGUUGUAACAAAGUUGGGAAUAAAAACAAAACGAUUGGAGUUGAGGUUGAGGUGAAGAUGGUGGGUGAAGACGCGAUGAUCAGAGUACAAUCCGGGAAUAAGGAUUGGCCAUCGGCAAAAUUGAUGGAUGCGUUGCGUGAAAUGGAAGCGAAAGUUCACCAUGCGAGUAUGUCAUGUGUUAACGACGUUAUGCUUCAAGAUGUUGUCAUUAGGAUCCCUGGUGCCACAGAAGAUGAAGUGAAAUCUCAUCUUGUUGCUAGAUUAAAUCACUAAUUAACUAAAUAAUAACUAGUGUCUCUUUUAGAUUCUUAAUAUUAUCUAUCUUGUUGUAUAAUAAAAAUCUAUGUAUGUUGUUCAACUAA